CUAAUGCAUCCGUUCCCAGGAUGAAGGUGCUGCAGCAUCAACUACGUGAGUGUUAAGAACUGAGAGAGCCUCCGGGCUCACGUAGCCUGGGCUAAAGGCUUAUCAGAGGCUAAGCCAGAGGGGGGAAAAAACAGUAAAGCUAGUCUCAGUCGACCAGAGGUACGGGCACAAGGCCAUCUGUCCAUUCUCUGAAUACAACUGACAACACAGGAGGGCAACUCCGCACUCAGGGAAUCAUACACACUCUGAAGCCUCAAACGUUAACUCAUCCUGGAUUGACAAGGCAAGAAGAGUUGGUGAAGAAAUCUAUUCAGCGGUUCCCGUCUCUUUAGCAAGUUCCUCUGCUGCUGGAGGGUCAUGGAAAAAGGGACCACAUUUCAUUUAACAGCUUAUAGACAGUCUGUUUGAAGCAUCUAGACCCAAGAGAAGAAUGAAUAUGAAUGAGAAGGAGGGAGGAGUAUGUGAGGGGGGGCUAAAUGUCACUCUCACCAUCCGCCUACUAAUGCAUGGCAAGGAAGUUGGAAGUAUCAUUGGGAAGAAAGGAGAGACUGUCAAAAAAAUGAGAGAGGAAAGUGGAGCCCGGAUUAAUAUAUCUGACGGUUCCAGUCCAGAGCGCAUUGUCACCAUUACCGGACAGUCUGAGGUCAUCUUCAAAGCCUUCGCCAUGAUUGCAGAGAAAUUUGAGGAGGAUAUCCUGGCAUCUAUGAUAAACAGCACCGUGACAAGCAGGCCUCCUGUGACACUGCGCCUCGUCUUCCCCGCCAGUCAGUGCGGUUCACUCAUUGGCAAAGGAGGCUCGAAGAUCAAAGAGAUCAGAGAGAGCACAGGUGCCCAGGUCCAGGUGGCAGGAGACCUACUGCCUGACUCGACUGAGAGAGCCGUGACCAUCUCAGGCACCCCUCGUGCCAUCACACAAUGCGUGAAACACAUCUGCACCAUCAUGCUGGAGUCGCCACCUAAAGGAGCCACCAUUCCAUACCGACCCAAACCCACCGCGGGUGGCAGCCACACAGUGUUGGCACAACCCCAUGCUGCGUCGGCAUUUGCUAUUCCAGGACAGUUUGCCAUUCCACCCCAAGACUUGACCAAGCUUCACCAGUUGGCUAUGCAGCAUAUCCCCCUUACCUCCCUUGGGCAGAGCAACCCCACCUUCCCUGGUCUGGAGGCCUCUAUUGCAACCAGUUCUCAUGAGCUGAGCAUACCUAAUGAUCUCAUAGGCUGCAUCAUUGGCAGACAGGGCAGUAAGAUCAAUGAGAUUCGCCAGAUGUCUGGUGCCCAGAUCAAAAUUGCCGGGGCUACAGACGGUUCGGCAGUGCGCCACGUCACCAUCACAGGCUCCCCAGCCAACAUCAGCGUGGCUCAGUACCUCAUCAGUGCGAGUUUAGAGAUGGCUAAACUGAGCAUCCAGGCUGCGUCAUCCUCCUCUUCCAGCACACCUUUCGACCUCAGCCUGGGCUUCUCCCAGUCCACCCCCUCCAUCUCCGCCUCUACUGCCUCUUCCAUGGCCGUCCUGGCUGCUCCCCCCUCUGCUAUUAACGUCCACUCCCCCUCGUCCGUCCCCUCCAUCCCCAGCGCCCACUAUGCAUUUCCUGUUUCCAGCCUGCUUGGCAUGAAAACCGUCCCCCUGCUGGCAGUGCACACAGCCACCUCCGCAGGCCUCCCGGCCGGCUUCACCCCCUACACCGCAAAGUUCCCCAUCUCGUCCAACAUCAAAAAAUCUGAGCGGCAGAAGUUUGCCCCGUACUGAGCGGCCGUGGUCUUUAAACAUCAGCUGUCCUCAGUGAUAGCAAGUCUGAGGCCACUGUAGUGCAACAUUUACAGCUCUUAUCAUUAAUCUGUGAUUGGAUUACCCUAAAGCCAUAGUGGACUCUUAUGGACUCAAGAAAUCCUGGCUACAUGAUGAAAAUUGUUUUCUAACUUGAAAACCAUGUAUUAAACCGAUGCACUGUCACUGUAGUUUUUUAAAUGUGUCAACCAUUCAAUGUAAGACAUGCAUUUGUGUUUGUUUUUAGAUUGCUUUUUGAAAUUCUGCAUACGACAAAUCAAUGUACUUUUGACAUUAAAUGUAGAAUUUAAAAGUCAUUCUUUAAUUAAACAACAGCUUUUUAGUAGUA